AACUUGCUCGAAAAUGCAGCAAUAAGCAAAACAGAUUACGCAAUGCGACGAUAUCCCUCGCGGUAAGGUUAAACCAACACGUUAUUCUCGGCGAGAACACAUGCGCGUACACUGUAGUUCGGUCAUCGUCAGUCGCGAUUCGCAUAAAAAACAAGUUUAAUCGUUCGCGUUUUACCUCUUCAGAGAAAGCCGGUCCGUCUUGGUGUGCCGGUAGAAGGGGACGAAUCAACUCUUCAUUAGUGCGGACUUAUUUUUCGCCACUGCACUAAGAGCCUCGUACGAGGCGCUAACUGAUAAAAUAAUUCUAGAGUGCCGUGUGAAGGUGUAUCUUUCUCUCUUGUGGAGAUUUUCUUUAACAAAAUGGCCUUUUCGAUAAGCAAAAUUGGAAGAUUGAUAUUUUUAAGAACUGGUGCUGAUUUGGAUUCUUACAAGCUACAUAAAUUAUCAAGAGUACUCACAGUGAAUUUCUCCAUCAAAUCUGAAGUUCCUGAACAAGAGAGCGAUCUUGAAAAACAUCAAGCUCCAGUAGGUGAUGGAAAAGUUUUUAAAUCUGCAGAUGAUGUAGUAUCUGAUAUUCCAAAUGGAGCAAAAUUACUUGUUGGAGGUUUUGGCUUAUGUGGGAUUCCAGAAAAUCUUAUCGAUGCUCUGUUGAAAAGAGGAUCCAAAGAUUUGAUUGUUGUUUCAAAUAAUGCUGGAGUUGAUGAUUUUGGUUUAGGAAAAUUACUUAAAGAUCACAGAAUCAAGAGAAUCAUUGCCUCUUAUGUUGGUGAAAAUGCAGAAUUUGAAAAACAAUAUCUCAAUGGUGAAUUAGAAGUUGAAUUAACUCCUCAAGGUACAUUAGCUGAACGAGUUCGAGCAGGUGGUGCUGGCAUUCCUGCCUUUUACACUCCAACAGCUCUUGGUACCAUCAUUCAUGAGGGUAAUGUUGUUAUCAAAUAUGAUAAAGAUCAAAAUGCAGAAAUAUCUGGUGAACCAAGAGAGUCUGCUCAAUUUGAUGGACGAGAUUAUGUACUGGAGCAUGCAAUCACUGGAGACUUUGCUUUGAUUAAGGCAUGGAAAGCUGAUACAGCUGGAAAUUUAAUUUUUAAAAAGUCUGCCAGAAAUUUCAAUCCUGCCAUGUGUAAAGCAGCAAAAAUUUCAAUUGCUGAGGUUGAAGAGAUUGUGCCUGUUGGUCGGCUGGAUCCUGAUCAUGUACAUUUACCUGGCAUUUAUGUAGAUAGAAUAAUUAAAGGACCAUCAUAUGAAAAACGUAUUGAGAAACGAACAACCAGGCAGACAGUGAAGCCAGCAAAGGUUACACCAGCAAGCAAAGCUAGAAAUAGGAUAAUCAAAAGAGCAGCUCUUGAAUUCAAGAAUGGAAUGUAUGCAAAUUUGGGUAUUGGCAUUCCUAUGUUGGCCAGUAACUACAUCCCCAAAGGUGUGAAUGUAACGUUGCAAUCUGAAAAUGGAAUUCUUGGACUUGGUCCAUUCCCUGAUGAAUGCGAAGUCGAUCCUGAUUUAAUUAAUGCUGGAAAGGAAACUGUUACUGUUCUGCCCGGUGCAUCCUACUUUAGCAGUGAAGAAAGUUUUUCUAUGAUCAGAGGAGGCCACAUUGACUUGACUAUUCUUGGAGCUAUGCAGGUAUCCCAGAAGGGAGAUCUGGCUAAUUGGAUGAUUCCUGGACAGCUGGUUAAGGGAAUGGGUGGUGCUAUGGAUUUAGUAUCAGCUGCAUCUACGAAAGUUGUUAUCACAAUGGAGCACAAAGCAAGAGACGGCAGCCCGAAAAUCUUACCGGAAUGUACACUACCGGUCACAGGCCAGCAAUGUGUUGACUUGAUUAUUACCGACUUGGGCGUCUUCGAAGUAAUCAAAGGUCAAGGAUUGAAGCUCAUUGAAAUCGCAGCAGGUAUUGACAUCAGCGAGAUCGUCAGUUCAACCGGGUGUGAAUUCUCUGUUGCCGAUGAUCUCAAAGAAAUGGGACAAGCUUGCGAGUAAAAAGUGAAAUACUAUUGUUUGUCGAGUUAUAGAUUUAUAAGAUUUCUUUUGUUGACAUUGUUAUCCGAAAAGAGGGAGUUGGACGCGAGAGAAUUUAAUGUACAUAAUUAUAUUCUGACGAAUAUUGUAAAAUAAAUGCAGAUAACGAUUUUUUUACACAUACAUAUAAAUGGAAAAGUUUGUAAUAAAUACGUUCUA